GCUACUAACACAAUACACUCGAGAAAAAGAAAAGAAAAGAAAUGGCAUUCACCGCCGACGCCCGCAUCGCGCUGUCGACCACCGGAAAGUUGCAAAGUCCGGCGAAAUAUUCCGGCAAGCCGGUGAAGUUCUGCAAUGGGGAGCUAAUGGGGAAGAAGCUCAAAUUUGCGCCAAUGCAAAGAAACAAUGGCAAUGCUAUUAACACUCAUAUCUGCAACUCCUUCACAGCUGAUUUGGCAGGUGAGACCAAGUUGAGGGACUUGGAGAUGGAGAAGAGGGAUCCUAAGACAGUUGUCGCGAUCAUCCUAGGCGGUGGGGCCGGCACUCGUUUAUUCCCGCUCACGAAACGUCGAGCCAAGCCUGCUGUGCCGAUUGGAGGAGCGUAUAGGCUAAUCGACGUGCCGAUGAGUAACUGCAUAAAUAGUGGGAUCAACAAAGUUUACAUUCUGACUCAGUUCAACUCGGCAUCACUCAAUAGGCAUCUUGCUCGAGCCUACAAUUUCGGCGGUGCCGCCACUUUCGGAGAUGGCUUUGUUGAGGCUUUAGCUGCCACGCAAACUCCGGGUGAAGCAGGCAAGAAUUGGUUUCAAGGCACUGCAGAUGCUGUACGGCAAUUCCACUGGCUAUUUGAGGGUCCAAGAAGCAAAGAUAUUGAAGAUGUUCUAAUUCUAUCAGGGGAUCACUUGUACAGAAUGGACUAUAUGGAUUUUGUUCAGAACCACCGGCAAAGUGGUGCGGAUAUUACGAUAUCGUCCUUACCGAUAGACGACAGCCGUGCCUCAGAUUUUGGUUUGAUGAAGAUCGACAACAAAGGAAGGGUACUUUCGUUCAGCGAAAAACCGAAAGGAAAUGAUUUGAAGGCAAUGAGAGUAGACACGACUGUUUUAGGACUGUCGAAAGACGAGGCAGAGAAGAAGCCUUACAUUGCUUCGAUGGGAGUUUAUGUCUUUAAGAAGGACAUACUUUUGAAUCUAUUAAGAUGGCGUUUUCCGACGGCUAAUGAUUUCGGAUCGGAAAUUAUCCCUGCCUCAGCUAAAGAGUUUUAUAUUAAGGCUUAUCUAUUUAACGAUUAUUGGGAAGACAUCGGUACAAUCCGAUCAUUUUACGAAGCAAACUUAGCUCUUACAGAACAUCCACCAAGAUUCAGCUUUUACGAUGCAGCGAAGCCAAUCUACACGUCUAAAAGAAACUUACCACCAUCAAAGAUCGAUGGCUGCAAGAUUAUUGAUUCAAUAAUAUCACAUGGUAGUUUCUUGACUAGUUCCUUAAUCGAGCACAGCGUCGUCGGUAUUCGGUCACGCAUAAACUUCAACGUCGUCCUUCAGGAUACAGUGAUGCUUGGGGCUGACUACUAUGAAACUGAUUCCGAAAUUGCCUAUGCAAUUUCUAAGGGGAAAGUUCCAAUAGGAAUUGGAGAAAACACGAAAAUCAGGGAAUGCAUUAUCGACAAGAAUGCUAGAAUCGGCAAAAACGUCGUCAUUGAAAAUUCAGAGCGCGUACAAGAAGCCGAUAGAACCUCGGAAGGAUUUCUCAUCCGGUCAGGCGUCACAGUAAUAAUGAAGAAUUCAACGAUUAAAGAUGGAACUGUAAUAUAACAAAAUAUCCAAUAUAUUCACCACCCAGAUUUCAUUUUGUAACAAGUGACAUUUUUUUUUUCUAUUGUUGAUUUGUUUCGUACAAUAUCUUGCCAAUUCUCGAAUAAUGUUUUUUCUACAACAC